AACUCCUUUGUCUCUCUCUCUCUCUCUCUCUCUCUCUCUCUCUCUCGUGUAAACUAUUGGCCAAAGAAGGAAGAAAACACAUUAAUACUCCAUAGUUGGUUCAAGGAAGAAGAAGAAGCAAGAAAUCAUCCAAAAUUUCCAAAUCUUGAGUUCAAAACGCAGCAGCAACUGCAAGGUAACAAGAAGAUAAUGAUGGAACCACUCCUGGAGGGCUUUGAGUCAGAUGCGAUGCAAGAAUGGCAGGCAAAUGUUUGAUCAUCAAGAUUUUAAAUGUGUCAUAAUUUGAUUAUUAUUGUACUUCCGCAUUACUCCGAAAAUAUUUUAAUUGGGUCGCGAUCCAGAGUCUGUAAAUUUAAUAUUUAUAAGUAAUUGUCAUUUUCAAAUGUCAAGCGAAAUUUUUAAUUAACCCUCGUUUCACCUUAAUUCGUGUAAUUCCGGGUUAUACAGAUUAGUGUGUUACAAUGACGACGAGGACGAGGACACCGAUUCCUAGACUCUUCUUAUUAUAUCAUUUCCUUUAAUAUGAUUAUAAUUAUGACCAGCAAGGGCCAAUGUACGAUGACCAGCUAGAUCCACGAAUUGAAGAAAUUCUAUGGACUGAGGAGAGAAUACGUAAUCUUGACCUAGCAUUAGCGGUGGAGUGUUCAUCAUUUCAACCACCCUAUUGUCGUGAUUACUCUCUGACUUGUGAAGAGCAAAUCGAAGCAAACAGAGAUGUAAUCCAGGCGAGAGAAAAAUUUCUCAAAACAGUCCAAGAAGAACGCCAACUGCUCCAAACCCAGAAAGAUAACGAACAACGCGAAUAUUGGGAGCAUAUGCAAAAGAUGCUGGAGGACUUUAAGAAGGCUAUGGAACAACAAGAAGAGAUGGAGGAAAUUGUUGUUCUAGAAGAGGAUGAAGAAUCUGAGACAAAAUCUGAAACUGAAUCCAACAAUGUCUCAAUUCUUGAAUACCCACAAACUCCAUCACCACUGUAUAUCGAAAACAAGAUAACACUUGCAGAAAUGAUUGCAAGAGGUACAGUGGUGAUGCUUCCUGAAAGCCCGAAAAGUCAAAUUGUACAAGAGGUGAAGCAUUCAGAGGGUCCUGUCUCGGAAUCGCCUUCACCCGCUGCACCAGAAAAGUUGGAGGAACAUGUCCUCCUUACAUGUGUUGAAGACACUUCUCUAGAGGAACCUGUUCUGGAGAAAUCUGAGCCCACCACCAACCCCCUUGAUGCUGAUGAGUCUGAACAAUCUAUAGACGAGGAACUACCCUGUGAUGUUGAAUCCAUCCCGUCUAUAGAAGUUUUUAAUGCUGAAGUCUCACUUGAGGAUUCGGACGAAGCCUUCUUUGACUUCCUACUUGACGGGUACGACCAUUACCCGAAGGAAAGUUAUAGUCAAAUGAGCUCGGACGAUCUCUUGAUGAGCGACACUGAAGACUCAGGGGAAGGACAUGCCGUAAUCAUCUAGCCAUCAACAAAAACCACCAUCAUCAAUGAUCAUCAUAUAAAAAAUAAAAAUAAAAAGAGGAAAGGAUAAGUUGAUAAAAGGGAAACAAAGGGAAGGAGACGCAAGUCUCCGAAUUGAGGAUUUGCAGCAGUCAUCCGCAGUCCGCACUAACUCUGCCCGGCGGCCGCCCCAGAGCCCGCCCCGGGAAUUUUCCUGCCUAUUUAAAGCGCGGCUCGGCGGAAGUUCAAUCAUCAAUAAUAAGCUCCAAUCCGGGUCUGUAAGGCCCGAAACCCAAUUUUUAGCUCCCUUCUCAGUUUUAUUUUAAUAUUUUAGUUUGGUUUUGUUCCGGUUGUCCCAAGUGGCUCCGACUCUACUCUCGGUUGUAAGUUUAUUUUUACAACUUUUAAUAAAAUGUUCUUUUAUUUUAUGCACUGUUAAUAUCUAGUAUGGGUUAGGACCCGGAUUAGGGUUCUGGCUAAAUUUGGGCAUAUACUCUGUAUGUUUAUUUAAUAGUUGGAAUAAUUGUUGUAGAAUUAU